AUGUCUACACAAUUAACCAAGUCUCUCAGAGGAUUGCAAGUUGGCAAUGCUAAUGAUAUUGAUACUACUUUAUUUUGUGCAAUAUGUAACCUCUUAUUGCACAAACCAAUACAGCUUCUAUGUUGUGGUACUCGUCUAUGUCGAUGGUGUUCGAAAAAGAACUUGUCAGAUAGUGAACCAUUCGUUUGCCCAUUUUGUCAAACAAAACUACCUCAAAAGCAGGAACUUGCUGAUCGAGGUGUUGAACGAGUACUAAAUAGAGUUAUAACUUUAUGUUAUUCAUGUUCUUGGACUGGAUCAUAUAAAGAUUAUCUAAAUCACUUACAAGAAUAUCAUGCAGAUAUUGAAUGUGCUAAUUGUCAUGAACAUUUUUUCUCAAUAAACUCAAUGGAAGAACAUGCAGAAGAGAUAUGUGAAUAUCGAUGUGUACAAUCUGAAUUUUCACUCAGUAUCGAAGAAAGCAAUACCGCUUGUUCAUGUGAAAGUAAAACUGUAUCGAAUACAUCUACUCAAUUGACAUCUAAACAUAAUCAAUCAAAAACGAAUAAUGAAUUCAAUUUAUGUCGAUCAGAAGCUUCCAAACUAUUAAAUACUAAUAGUAGUAUAGUUUUUCCUUUCCAUCUAGAUCAAACUGAUAUAAACUCAUUAUUUUCAAUGUACUCAACACUAUUUAAAACAACACAAGUUGGUUAUUCAUUUAUUCUUCGUGUGUGUUCAACUAAAGAUUCAGCAAAUCAGAAUCAACAAUAUUUAUCAGUAUUUAUUUCAUUAGUUCGUGGAGAAUUUGAUCAACUUCUUGUUUUUCCAUUUCCAUACACUAUCUUCUUAUAUUUAUGUGAUCAAUCUGGACAAGGAAAGCAUAUAAUAUCAGCAAUCAAGCCUGAUUCGAAUGAAUUGGCACUUAGUCGUCCUUCAAGUGAAAAGAAUGAUGAAAUCGGUGUGAUGAAUUUUUGUCCAUUGAAUUGUAUUAAUGAAGCCGGAAGUAUCUAUUUCAAGGAUAAUGUCUUUUUGAUUCGAGUUUUUAUUGAUUUCUUGGACACAGGACCAACUCCAUUUCAAUUCGAAACAGUAACAUGA